AUGUACUCGGGGCUCCAUGUGGGCCAGCGGUUCGUCUCUUUGGAGGAGUUCAAGGCGUUGGUGCGAAGUAUAUCGGUCAGGCAGCACUGGGAGCUCCGAGUGGCGCGGAGCAAUAAAAAGAGUGUAGUGAUAGGCUGCCGGUCCUCGAGCAAUUGCUUCUUCCGCGUUGUGUGCCGGGCGAACAAAAAUGCGACCUAUAUUAGCAGCCUCCAGGACAGUCAUAGCUGUCGGCGGAACGCAUCUUCCACCCCUAAAACACCAGUGCGCUCGGAGGUAUCCCAUGUACGCUUUCUCCUCACCGAAAUACCAAAGCUGUUCGAUAUGAGAAACAACAUCAAGGCCCAGGAGGUCGUCGAUGCCGUCAAGCGCUACCAUGGGUACGAGAUUUCAAUGAGACAGGCCCAGAGGGCUCUCAUUCGAUUAGAACAGCAGCAAUCGCAAGCCCAGGGUGAGAGAGCCGACACCCUCGACUCCAGUGGAGAUGACCAGCAGGACAUCCAACUACCUGCGCCGGAGGAACAGGCCGAGGGUUCAACAUACAGCGGUCUAUCUGGGCAAAGAUGGAUCCCGGAGGCUAUCCAAAAUAGCCUUAUUGGCAGCAGUAAUCCGGACCUCCAAGCGUCGCAGCUCCACGGGGAGAAUUUGCAGCCGCAUCCUCAGUUGCAACAUCAGCCUCAGGUACAACCUCCACCAGAGAUCCACUCACAGGGGCAUCCAUCGCCAACCUACCCUGUCCAUCACCAGGCUACCUCGCAUCAGCCUGCGUAUGGGGUGCCGACACCAAAUCCACGAUCCACACCUCAGACUACGCAGCCUAAGCCUCAGAGACGAUUCUCAAGUAGCGGCCAUCCUUCGGCUUCUCAACUGAUCCUUACUAACUUCAAGAUUGAGUUCACCUGUACUACAUGCGGGGCUUUAAACCAAAGCUUCUUCCCGAAUCACGGCAAUAUCACGGGCGGGAACUAUCUGCCUCAGCACGCUGUGCCUACCCCAGCCGCUGCCACAGACAUGGGAGAACCCUCAACCCAACCCGUUCAAGGGACUGCGCAGCACAAUCGGGUUGACGAUGCUCAUGGUUUUGGAGGGGAUGCUACGGGUGCAACACGUGGAGUGCAAUCUCCUUGGGUGUCCGGUGCAUUGGACGUUUCGAUGCCGUCUGCUCACAGCUAA